ACGGGCUCCUCUCAUGGGCGUUCCCAGAGCGUGGUGAGCUCCAUAUUUUCAGAGGCCUGGAAGAGGGGUACCCAGAUUGAGGAAAACUCAAAGAUGAAAAUGGAGGCAUCCAGAGGGGCCACGCUGCCGCACGGUUCCCACAGCCACCGGCAUCACAGCCAGCAUUCAGUUGACCACUCAGCCCUGACGCCGCCUCCGCAGCAGCCUCAGGCGCAGCCUCCAUCACGGCCUCAGUCUCAGCCCCACCCCCAGCAGCAGCAGCACCCCCCACAGCAUCAGCACCCAUUGGUGCAACCCCAGACGCCAAUUCAGCUGCAGCACCAGCACCCGCCUCCCCAGUAUCCGUCUCCUCAGGAGGCAGUGACGCCACCGCCACCACCACAGGCAGCACCACCGCCACCGCUACAACCACCACAGUCUGCUCAACUACAUCAACAGCAGCUGCAGAAGCAGCAACAGUCACAGGCCUUCAGCAACUACAACCACAUGCCCCCACAGGAGCAGCAGCAACCAGCUCCCGCACCCCCUCCACCUCCGCCACCUCCACCACCGCCUCCCCCGCCCCCUCCACCAGUCCAGACGGUGUCAUAUCAGUCGCCGGCUCUCACAAUGUACAAGUACAGCACCAUCACCAGGCUGCAGAACCAGAAAGGAGGCAAGAUACCCUUUCACCUCCCUGCUACAGCCCAGCAGGUUCUGCCCACGACUCUGACACCACCUGAACUGCAGCCCAUCAAACCAAACGUCAAUCACAUUGCCGCAAGGACUAAUGUGCCCCCGCCUCCUCCACCACCACCUCCCCCACCACCGUCCAUGCCAACCCCCGGGUCUGCCAUGGCUGUGCUGAAACUGGGCCCACCCAGUCCGGCUACUCCACCGGCUUUCAUCCCUCCACCGGCUUUCAUCCCUCCACCGCCAGUUCCUCUGCCUGCUCCACAGACCAAUGGAAUUGCAUUUCCUCCCCCUCCGCCGCCCCCACCGCCACCAGCUAUUGCAGCUGCUCCCGUGAGUCAGCCUGUCUACCACAGUGGACUCAAGCAAGCGCUGAAGGAGCGGUUUCCCAGCCCGCCGCGGGACCUCCCGUCUCCAAACGGCGGGCUCGAGGAUUCCCCACCACCUGCCCCAACACCACCACCCCCGCCUCCUCCACCUCCGCCACCGCCGCCACCACCACCUCCCCCUCAACAGUUCCAAGUACCGGCCCAGUUUCCACCUCCUCCUGCACCCCUGGCAGCACCACUGAAAAACUUCAACCCAGGCUUCCUCCCUCAUACUGCCCCCAAGCCCAUGUCCCCAGUCUCCCCUUUCCCUCCUGCCCCGCCUCCUGCUACAAUGAGUUGCCCGACCCCAGCUCCACCACCACCCCCUCCUCUACCUGCACCCCUUAAGAAGCA